CCGGGGCCCCUCAGCAGAGCCGGGAGGGGCUCGGCUCUGACACCGGCAUCGCCCCCAGCGCCGGAGCCGCCGCCUCUGAGACAUGAAGAAGUUCUUCGACUCGCGCCGGGAGCAGGGCGGCUCCGGGCCCGGGUCGGGCACCAGCGGCGGCGGCGGCGGCAGCAGCGGCCCGGGCAGCGGCUACAUCGGCCGGGUCUUCAGCAUCGGCCGGCACCAGGUCACGGUGGACGAGGUGCUGGCGGAAGGUGGCUUUGCAAUAGUGUUUCUGGUGAGGACGAGCAAUGGGGUGAAGUGUGCCCUGAAGAGGAUGUAUGUCAAUAACGAGUACGACCUGCAGGUCUGCAAGAGGGAAAUCCAGAUCAUGCGGGACCUGUCUGGCCACAAGAACAUCGUCGGGUACAUCGACUCCAGCAUCAACUCCGUGAGCAGCGGGGACGUGUGGGAGGUGCUGAUCCUCAUGGACUUCUGUCGGGGAGGGCAGGUGGUGAACCUGAUGAACCAGCGCCUGCAGACCGGCUUCUCCGAGAGCGAGGUCCUGCAGAUCUUCUGUGACACCUGCGAGGCCGUGGCCAGGCUGCACCAGUGCAAGACCCCCAUCAUCCACAGGGACCUGAAGGUUGAAAACAUCCUGCUGCACGACCGUGGCCACUAUGUCCUGUGUGACUUCGGGAGUGCCACCAACAAAUUCCAGAACCCCCAGACGGAGGGGGUGAACGCGGUCGAGGAGGAGAUCAAAAAGUACACUACGUUAUCCUACAGAGCACCAGAGAUGGUCAACCUGUACAGUGGCAAACUCAUCACCACAAAAGCAGACAUAUGGGCCCUUGGCUGUUUGCUGUACAAGCUGUGCUACUUCACCCUGCCCUUUGGGGAGAGCCAGGUGGCCAUUUGUGACGGCACCUUCACCAUCCCGGACAACUCGCGGCACUCGCAGGACAUGCACUGCCUCAUCCGCUAUAUGCUUGAGCCAGACCCUGAUAAGAGACCUGACAUUUAUCAGGUCUCCUACUUUGCAUUCAAACUGGCAAAGAAGGAGUGCCCAGUGCAGAACGUCCAGAACUCUCCAAUCCCUGCUAAACUCCCAGACCCGGUUAAAGCAAGUGAAGCUGCUGCAAAGAAGAGUCAGCCCAAGGCCAGGCUCACAGAUCCCAUCCCCACGACAGAAACAUCCAUAGCCCCCCGGCAGAGACCUAAAGCAGGGCAGACCCAGCCCAACCCUGGGAUCCUGCCCAUCCAGCCAGCCCUGACGCCCAGGAAGAGACCCACGGCCCCGGCAGCCCUUCAGCCCCAAGGUGAGGCCGCUCUCUCCCCCUGUGCUUCCUGUGGGCCCUGCCCGGCUGCCCUGGGCAGUGCCCAGCCUUCGCUCCCUGCCAGCACCCCCCAGCCCAAAGCAGCCCCCCAGCAGCCCCCGGCCCAGCCCCAGGCCAAGGCAGCGCCGGCCCCGGCCCCGCAGGCACAGCCCCAGGUCCCCUCAACACAGCCCCAGGCCACCCCUCAGCAUCAGCAGCAGCUUUUCCUGAAGCAGCAGCUCCUGCAGCAGCAGCAGCAGCAACAAGCUGCCUACUACCAGCAGCAGCAGCAGAUGAUGCAGGCGCAGCAGGUGGGAGCCCCUGCACAGCAGCAGCUCAUGCAGAACUACUACCAGCAGCAGCAGCAGCAGCAGCUGAUGGCCCAGCAGGCAGCCAUGCAGCAGAAGACAGUGGCAGCAGCUCAGCAGAAACAACAGAGCCCGGCCCAGCCCCAGGCCCAGCCCAGCACGGCCCAGCCUGCACAGCCACAGGAGCAGGCCCAGGCCCAGCUGAGGCAGCAGCAGCAGGCUCAGAGCAGCCCGUCUCCCACGGCCCAGGGGCAGAAGCUGGGCUCCCUGACCCCGCCGUCGUCGCCCAAGGCGCAGCGCGCGGGGCACCGCCGCAUCCUCAGCGACGUCACCCACAGCGCCGUGUUCGGCGUCCCCGCCAGCAAGUCCACCCAGCUCCUGCAGGCAGCGGCCGCCGAGGCCAGCCUCAACAAGUCCAAAUCUGCUUCCACCACACCCUCGGGCUCCCCAAGGACCUCUCAGCAGAAUGUCUACAACCCACCCGACGUGUCCACGUGGAACCCGUUUGAUGAUGAUAACUUCUCCAAGCUCACAGCUGAGGAGCUGCUGAACAAGGACUUUGCAAAGCUGGGUGAUGGGAAAGCUCCAGAAAAGGUGGGCAGUUCCACAGAGAACCUGAUUCCAGGUUUCCAGCCGGCUUCGUCUGCAGCCCAGGCAGACGCGUUCGGGGGCUCCUCCUUCACUGCCGGGUCAGCUGAAAAAACGAAAGACAUUCUGAGUUUGGACUCUAGCCCUCCUCUUCUGACUGUGCCUGAUCCUUUCAUUCCUCUCCCGUUAUCCGACACGCCAGAAAAACUGAUUGAGGGACUCAAAUCUCCUGAGCCUGCACUGCUGCUCCCCGACCUGCUGCCCCUCGCUGACCCCUUCGGCAGCACAGCCGACGCUGGCAAUGGCAAACCCGACGUGGCAGUGGAGAGCCUGAUCCCGGGGCUGGAGGCGCCGCUGCCCCAGCGCCUCGUGUCCCACAGCGAGUCGGUCGCCUCCACCAGGACAGACUCUCUCACUGGGGAAGACUCUCUGCUUGACUGUUCUCUGCUCUCUAACCCUGCUGCUGAUCUCCUGGAUGAGUUUGCUCCUGUAGCUUUUGCAGCUCAGCCUCACAAAGAAGAUACUAACCUGAUAUCAGGCUUUGAUGCUCCUGAGGGCUCUGAAAAAGUGACAGAAGAUGAGUUUGACCCAAUUCCAGUGUUGAUAUCCAAAAAUUCACAAGGUCUGCAGAGGGAUCCAGGCGUGUUCCCAGCUGUAGCUCUUGAGCUCUGUAAAGCAGAUUCUGGCAGUGAUGGACUCGCUUUGUACAAGGGUCAGUCCAAGAUGCUGGAGGUGAAAGUGCAGCACAACUCGGAGUCGGAAUAUUUAGCCAGAGAUGGUCCUUCAAGCAACAGCUCCUUCUACAGCAGUGAAGGAGAGGGGACAGACCAUGAGGGAGAUAUUCUGGAUUGCAGUGGGUCCAGGCCUUUACUGAUGGAUUCGGAAGAGGAAGAGGAGACGUGCAAGCUCUGCCCAGGGUUCCUGCAGCCUGUGCCCAGGGAGAGGCACGAGGCCUCCAAGGGAGAUCCCCACUCCCAGUCCAGAGCAGGGGAGAUGCUGUUCCCAGCCUUCCAGUCGCACACCGGGGAGGCUUUUAACGAACCUGAUGUUUUUGCCACGGCUCCUUUCCGAAGCUCCAGGAAAGUGCCGGAUGAGGGGGAUGUCUUUACCAAAGCUCCUUUUCUCUCCAAGGGCAACGUGGCUCUGCGACAUCCAGAAGAAGCAGAUGUGUUUCUGAGAGCCCCUUUCACUAAGAAGAAAAGCAUGGAAGAGUUGACUUCCCAUAAGGAGCCGUUCCCAGCACCUGUUUUCCUCAGCCAAGGGGGCGAUGGCCGAGCUCUCCCGCUGUUCCCCAGCCUGGAUUCGGCGGCGCACGGGGCCGCGGCCUCGGCGAGGUCUCAGUAUCCUCCUGCCGGGUUCCCUCAGCCAGGCAGCCUCCAUCCCUGCUCCGGGAGAGCUGUGGAGGCCCAGGAGAGCGUCCCUGCUAAAGGAGGGCUGCCGGAGCAGGGGGACGUGGCUGGGGAGAGGAGCCAAGGCCCCGCGCUGCCCCCGGACGCCGUGCUGGGCGCCGCGGGGAACCAGCCUUUCCGUCCGCAAUCCCUGUCCAAGUAUUCCCGGCACUACAGCCCCGAGGACGGGCCAGGCCUCGAGGCCAAGCCCAUAGCUGCUUACAAAGUGGUGUCUCAGACCAACAGGCAGGCCAUAGUGGGCUCUGUCUCUGUGGUCCCGCUGUCCUCCAGGACUACGGAGCUGCCCGGCGCGGAUCCCUUCUCCUCGGCGCCCUUCCCUUCCAAAGCGGGGAAGCAGAAGCCUUAACGUGCUGGGGGUGGGGCUGUGCUUCCUGCGGGACACCUCGCACAGCACCUCGGGCCUCUGCGUCGAAAUGAGUGACACAGCAAUAUAUAUGUAUAAAAUAAUUAUUAUUUUUGGUCGGAACUCUCUUUGCAGUGAUAGGUAGUGGAACCGUUCUAAGUUAUGUUAGUCCCAAUGCCUGGCUCUCAGGAUCCUCAGAGCCUUUCUCACCUUCCUCCUCUCACUGUCUUCCCCCCCAUUUAUUUUUUUAGAUGCUUUUCUAAACUAGUAGUAUUCCAUAUUUUCUGGUCCUGGCUAGAGAAAUGCAUUAUAAGAUGAAUUAAAAGGUUUAUUAAUUACAGAGCAAGUCAAGCAGGACUUGCUAAUGCUCUGGAAAGGACGUGAUUUCACAGGUUAAAGGCUUACUGUGACUUCUUUGCCGUCAGUGCUAUCCCUGCUGCUCAGCAGCGGUGUGGCCGUGGCAGCUGUGGCUCUGGGUGGGUGUUGGGGGUGAUGUGCCCACCCAGGCAGACCCUGCAGUGCUCUCUGGGGCCAGGCUGUGCAGGGUGGUGGGAGCAGAGCCGUGGCUCUGCUCUCCCUGGGGUGGGACACGUGGCAGUGCUGCCCGGGCUGGGGCCACACCAGUCAGGGAAGGACUCACAGUGCCUUCAGUCUUGGGAACUCCAGUGAGGCAAUCAGGCUGUUCCUGCUGCUGGAAAAUCGAAUUAUUGUGCAAACAAUCAGGCAAAGCUUUCACUUUUACACAUGUAUUUCCUGUCUGGUCUAUGCCAAAGUGUAGGACCCGGAAAUCUGCUCUUGGUGAAGGAGAGAUGUGUAUUUACAGUAUUAAAAAUAGACCUUUGGGGGAAAUUUAUGAUGCAAACAGCUCCAUAGCUGUGCUGAUGUACCUCACGUGGUGUGACUUGGCCCUGUUAGGUGGGUUUGUACUGGCAGAGCUCGACUCAGAGUAAAUUCUGCCUUUUGUUUUCUUGUCGGUUAAGGAUGAACUUAAACAAAAUCCAUUCACUCUCCUUCCGAAGUAUUACGUUUUCUAUCCCAGUCCCAAAGAGAAGGACAAGUACUUACUGUGUGAGCAGCCAGAGUGUUCAGAGGCAGAAUCCCCCAGGCAGGCACUGGGCAGGCCCAGAGCAGACUGUGCUCCCUGCUCUGCUCACUAGUGGAGGACAGAGAGGAGAGUGGAACCUCCCAUGAUUAUUUUGCAAAAUGCCUGGUUGCAGAAGUUGCCCUGGAUCUGCUGUUUCUGGCCUGCAAAGGUGCUCGUGAGAGUGGACUGGCUCUCAAAGACCUGGUUAUCAGGGCUCUGUGGGAUCCCAGUCCAAGCUCCCAGUCCAAGCUGGAGCCUUGUGCUGAGGGUAAAGGACACACUUUGUGUUUGGGGGUCUCCCACGAGUGGGUUUGUGGUCUUUGGACGUUUGCAGGGGAAUUGUUGGAGCCGUGGGUUGGUCUCUGAGGUCAGGACUGGCUGUGUGCAGAGCAGGUUCCUCCCUGUCCACUUGCUGACGUGUUUGUACUCAGAGCAAGUCCUGUGAGUAGUGUCCCUCGAGUAGUGGCCCUUGGAGAGAGGGAAGGAUCAGCUGUAGCUCCUCCUGACUCACUGGAGUCACACCCUGGGGAGCUGCUGCAGCUGAAAAUAGACUUGGGUGUAGUUUGGAGAGAAAAAACCCUGAGACUACCUCCAGCACAUGGCUCUGUCCGAGGUCCAAAUAAUAAGUGUUAUAGGAACACAGGGGGCACAGAAAAGAUGUGUGUGAAGGCUGAAAAAAAGAGGACGUUGCACAGUCUGGGGCAGACUCGCUGCUCACCUUUCAUCCCAGCCACACAGCGGGAGGAUGGAGGGAUGGAUGGACAGGUGGAUGGAAAAUCCCUGAGUGCUGGGAGGGGACUGCAAAGCAUCUGCAAGUGGGAAUCACCGACUGCUCAGUGUUCCCUUUCCCCUCCCUGAAUUUGAAUCCCCUCCAAAAUAUCUCCAGUUGCAAGAGAUGAGCCAGGUGUUCUGCUGGACACGGGGGUUGCCUGGAAGGGAAAUGCUUGGGCUGAGGUCUGAGAGCCCUGGGCUGGGCAGGGAGAAUACUGGAAAGCAGGGAGGCCACGUUGGCUUGCACAAGUUCCUGGUGAACAGGUCAGCUGGAGCUUGUGGAGCUGGGAACCUUCUGCCCUGCUCUGCUGCACUCACAGCUAAUAAAUAUUGGUGCAUAGUGGUGGUUUAGGGGCUUUCUGUCCUCCAUCACCACCUCUUGAAAAUAGAAGUACUGUAAAAGAAGUUUCUGGGUUUCCCUUGAGAUGUUUAUUCAGCAAAGCUGAGGCUGUUUAUUAUGUUUUGUUUUUUAGUUUUCUGUUUAAAUAUACACCCAAAAGGUGGUUGGUUUUGUUUUUUGUUUUAAAUCUCUGUAUCCCCAAGUUGGUUGUUGCUGGAUUGGAUCAGUGAGAGGCCCUGAGAGCGACUGUGACAGCAAACUGUGAAUUCAAGGAGGGGGAGUGUGAGGGCCCAGAUUUGUCCCAACACCAACCUGUGUCGCAGCCACACUGAGCCAGGAGGCUGCACUUGGCCUCGAGCUCUUAAAUUCACUCAGAAGCUGCUGGAAGGGAGGCCAGGCCUUGGCAGUGUGGGAUGAACCUGCGAACAGGGAGAUGCUUUGCUGAACCCCAGGUGGGUUCAGGGUGUUCCCUCUGCUCACUGCAUUCAGGUUCUUCCUGCCCUUCAUUUUUACUUGAAAAAUUGCUUUUGGAUAAUUCUGUGAAGUUUCUGGCCUUGCCACGUCCAGGUGAAACCGAGCUGGUGCUGGAAGAGUAUUAGCCUGUCCCCUCUGUGCUCAAAAGGGAAGGUACACUGGGGUGUCUGGGCUCAUUUCCAGCCCUGUUAGGUUGGGUCAGGCUGAGUUUCCAGCUGGCAUUUUGGCAGCUUUUUUGUCCUUCAAGCACUUUACACAAAUUGCAGGCUGACUGUGCCCUAGAGCUCACAAUCCUGCCAGACACAUCCAGUGCUUAAAUGGUUUUAAAUCUCUUCUGAGGGUGGAGGCAGCUCGUUUGUAUCUCUGUAUGUGGCUCAUAAAGUAAUGGGACUUUUGGUUAUGGUCAUAAGACUCAAUUUCAGGGCCUGUUACUCUGAUAUCCUUCUCAUUUCCAGCCUGUGUUCCUCCUAAUCCUGCACUGCCACUGCUGCAGCCUCAGUGUGAUGAGUUAUAAAUGGAAAUUUCAUUUCUCUAGUCUCUGAAGCUUGCUGUUGUAAUGUUAAAACAGGGAAGAAUGAUGCUAAUUAUUUGCCACACAACCAGUGAUCCUAAUGAAGUAAGACUAGUACAGCCUCAAUGCAGUGUUUUGAAAUCAGUUUUCUGAAGAGGAGCACUGGUUUCAUCUCUUUAGUAAAGCUGUAGUAAAUUCUGUUCACUGCCCUGAGCCCUCGUGCUGGUGCAGGGAUCAUUUGGACAAUCUGGGAUUCCUGCUGGGAGAGGGAGUGGUUCUUGGUUCUCACUCCCUGAAUGCACUUCAAGUCUCUUUUCAAAGUGAUUAAUCAGAGUUUCUGUGUGAAUAGAGCAAGCAGUUGGCUUGGCUCUGUGCUCACUGCCAUGACGUUGGUACAGCGCCGUGGGGGGACCUGGACCUGUGUCCUGCCCGGCUCUGCAGGAUUUCGGGGGCUUUCCCCGUGUCUCCUCUCCCUCCAGCCAGCUCGGCAUCGUCACACCUGGUGUUAAGUUUACAGUUCAGCCUCCUGAAGCCAGCACACAGCCAGCCUGGGGUGCACACUCUGCCUGGAGCACAGAGGUGAUGCUGAGCUCCGGCCCUGUGAGCAUCGAGACACAUCCCAGAGCGCGUCCCCCUCGGGACAGCAGCAAACUGGGCGGGAUCUGCUCAGCUGCUGAACUGUCAGUCACUCCAAAGUGGUAAUCGGUUACUUUAACUCAGCUUCCACCAAAGACUCUUCUGUUGGGGAGUUGAAUUUUUGUUGGUUUUUUGUUUGUUUGUUUUCCUCGUGGUGUUAAAUCAAGGCCUUUCAGCACACCGACAGACUCCAAAGCAUUUUUACAGUAGUGUCCUGACAGUGAAAUCUUGGUCCAGUUGGGAAACACAUUCCUGAAGCCUGAUCACAGCUGCAUUAGUGUUUCUAAAAAUAAGCCAUGGCCUGUAGUUUCCGUCGUAGGUGGGUAAAUACCCUCACACACACCUAGAAAUGCUCCCUGUGAAGCUGGAGGGAUAAUGUUGAUCCAGUGUUCCCGAUCCCUCCCAGGGACGGGUGGGAGGGCAGGGGACUCACUCGGGUGUAGGGUGCAGUGGGUAGAGCACCCCCACCCAGUCCAGGAGCGAAGGAAGCUCCCUUGUUCCCACGUGGAGCGGGAAGGGGAGCUGGGAGUGUUUGUGGGCCCCUGACUGUGACACACAACCUGACUCGUGUCCCACGGGCAGAGUUUCCCCUCUGUGUGGUCCCUGAGCAGCCGUGGAGCCACCUCAGCCUGGCACAUCAGUGGGGCCAAGUUUUGCACUCCAGGUGGGAUCAUCUGUUUCUGGUAAUCAUGAAGAAAUGUUUGACUUGUAAACUUCUGUACAUUUUAUUAAAACACUAUCUGAUGACA